AUGUCUGUAUCGCCAGCACAAGCCAUGUCGCUCGACGAAGAAGCAACCGAUGACCUCCUCUAUCUCACUCGCGCGGGCGACGUCUCCGAACUCACAUCCCUCCUCACAAGCCUCUCGACGACCCAUUCCGUCCCAGCACACACCAUCCUCCUCUCCGCCGUCGACCCUACCUCACUAAAUACACCCCUCCACUACGCUGCCGCGAACGGCCACCUCCCCAUAACGCAGCACCUCGUUUCGCUGCUGCCCGAUAUAUCCGCCUCCGACACCUCAGAAGCACGAAGCAAGAUCAUAAACGCCCAAAACGAAGCAGGCAAUACUCCUCUACACUGGGCUGCGCUAAAUGGGCAUCUGGAGGUCGUAAAGGCGCUGGUAGAGGCCGGCGCUGAUCCGGGCGUGAAGAACAAGGUGCAGAGGAGUGUGUUGGUCGAGGCUGAGAUCGCGGGUGGGGAGAAGGCAGGCGAAUGUGUGAAUUGGCUGUUGGGGCAUUGGGAGGGUGCGGAAGAGGGGAACGGUGCUGCUAUGGGAGGCGCUGAUGGAUCGGGAGAAGGGAGCGUCGAUGGAGGUGACAUAGCUGCGCACAAUGGGGCGGGCGGCGUGAAUGGCGUGACUGGGAGCAUGGAGAAUGGACACAAGACACUCUAA